GCUGCCGACAACAACAUUGCCUAACUCAGCUGUCAUAACUUCUGCCUUCGACUGCGCUGCACUGAUUGACAUUUGACCAAUUACCUCUCUACGUCGUCUUUUACAACCACAUCCACCAUUCCACGCGGGCAGGGGUGUUUUCUUCAUACUCCAAACCGCAGCUACUUUAUUACGAGUACACUUUGAUAGUCGAGCCACCCACUGGCAUGACAUGAUGCUGUCAAGACAUAACAGAAGAUUCCCACUGAAAACAAAAUACAUUGCACUAAAUAUAUCUUCGCUGGUUUGUGGAAUGGAUGAUUGCUGAAGGGAUGGAGAGCGAAGAGCAAAGCCUUGCAGGAGAGCGGGCCAGUGCACCUCCAAAACAUGGACUGCUCCACAUUUGGCAGUCGGGAGGACCCAGUGAGCCACUUAGCCCAGAAAGAGUGCUUCUAUCGCAGUGUGUUCUGCAGGUGGCCCUGGGAGAACAUCACGGACUCCUGCUGGCACAAGGUGGUCUUGUGUAUUCUUUUGGAGAGCUGCUGUGGAGGGGGCUCAGUGUUCCUCCGUCAUCUCCAUUGUUGGAGGUUUCCCUCCGAGGCACGACCGUGGUCCAUGUGGCUUGUGGUGGUUUUCAUUGCGGAGCCUUGAGCGAGCAGGGUGGCGUGUUCAUGUGGGGGGAGAACACUGCAGGACAGUGUGGACCAACUGAGGGGGAUUUAGACUCAAACGUGACUGUUGCAGAACCAUACCCGCUGGCUGUGGUGGACUGCGAAGUGGUUCCUCCUGUGAUGGUUCGAAUUGUGGAUCUCGCUUGCGGACGGGAGCACAGUCUGGCAUUGUCGGCCCAGAAUGAGCUGUGGGCCUGGGGCAGCGGGUGUCAGCUGGGUCUUGUCACAAGCAACUUCCCCGUGUGGAAACCCCAAAAGGUGGAACACUUGGCAGGCAGGCAUGUGAUUCAGGUGGCUUGUGGGGCCUACCACAGCUUGGCUCUGGUCCGUUGUUUACAUCUGCAAAACCCCAACACUCCGAAACUACCAGAGAGACGGCCAUCGAAGAGGCAUGAGCUUUUUGCUGCCGAAGAUGCGCACUACUGUCCACUUGGGGUGGAGCUAACGGAAAACAUGAGAGCAGAGACUUCAGUCAGAAGGCACUCCAGACAAAGGCUCCAUCCAGCUGGCAUCGGCCGUGAAUCUCAAGCUGAUCUGUCUCCAUCCUCCAAAGAGAAUGUUCCUCUGGCCGGUACUGAGACUGAGCCUGAUGAACACGCUGACCCUCUAACCCAGACGGACAGCUGCACUACAUCGUACCCGCUGCCAGCCUUGACAGAUAAAAAGAAAGCUGCUUUGCCUAAUGAGCUAGUGCUUCACAACCUCCUCCAGAAACUCUCUGGUCACUCAUUAGAGAGGCAACAGAACAGAAGGCUUGGAGAUGCAGACUCAGUAAGCAGUCACACCUCAGAGGAUAGCUAUGCUUCCUCAACUCCCUCUAAUGAUCUGCUCCACACAAGUUGCGAAAAUGACUUGAUAUUUAGCAAUGAGGUAGUGCGGUCCUCCUCUCUCGAAGGUUCCCUGUGGAAGAAAAAAGUCAUGCUGGAGCACAAAAGCUCUAGUCUUACCGACAUUAACCAGAAGGGCAAAACGGCUAACAGGAGAUUCUCCCUACCUGGAACACCCACCCAUGCAACCCAAAGGCAAAAACAACAUUGUGGAAGCAAGCCAUCCUCUUUUUCAGAAGAUAGCUUUCCGUCUUUGGAAACGGAGGUGUGGAGCUGGGGCAGAGGGUCCGAGGGGCAACUGGGCCAUGGAGAUCAACUGGCCAGACUCCAGCCUCUCUGUAUUAAGUGUUUGACAGGUGAGGAAGUGAUCAAAGUGGCCGCAGGAUCACACCAUUCGCUGGCUCUCACCGCUCAGUGCCAGGUCUACUCAUGGGGCAGCAACAUGUGCGGACAACUCGGUCAUGUCAACAGUCCUGUUACGGUUCCACAGCAGACUAAGCUGUCCGAUGGUCUCAGGGCUUGGGAUGUGUCGGCGGGCCAGAGCCACUCCCUCCUCUUGGCUGACGCAGACGGCGUCCAACCCGUGCUGUUGUACUGCGGCCAGCAACAAGAGCCGAGGUCAAAGCCGAGUGAGACAUCCUGCCCUAGGUCCAGGUCGUGCCAGCGGUCACCAAACAGGGCUGAAAGUUACUCAGUCAGACCCACCUUGAUGCCUUUUUGCAUGGAGAUGGGUUACAUCAGCAGCGUGUGCAGUGGUGGUCACAAGUGUGCGCUGCUAGCCAACCACAACAUCUCGGGUCUUACCUUGGCCCUGUACGAAUUGGCUUCUGGCGAGAGGAAGUUUUACUGCUGGUUGAGCAACGUCAGGAAACUGCUUCUGAUGCCCAUUUUCAACAAAGAGAACGCACGUCCAUCCCUCGGUGAGCUCUGCACUCGACUCUUCAACUCCCUUUAUAAAACUUUAGUUCGCCUGAGCAUCCUCAUCGGUCAGCACUCGACGUCACUCACCCAUUUCCUGCACAACGUGCUCCGCCGAGAUGUCACUUCCCUUCACCUGCUCACACACGUUCAGCAUUUUCUUGACGUCUAUACUGAGUAUUGCAGUGCUGUGGGCGACUUCCAGGUCAUGGGCGGAUUUCACUUGCUCCAUAAACUAUCCCUCGAGUGUUUAGGUUCUAAGCAGGCCAGACUUGCUCAACUUUCCGAACUGGACCAAUCGGUAAGCAGCGAUGACGAUUUGGGUUCCUUGUUGUAUCGGCCAAUGCAGCAGCUCCAGCGGUACACUCGAGUCCUGCUCACAUUGGAAUCCUGCUAUGACGAGGUUACAACAGAGUAUCAGUCCCUCCAUCAGAGCGGUAUGCAGUACGAACACCUCUUUGCGACUCUACUGAGAAAGAAGAUGGAGGCUGAAGUUACCUUCCUCUUCUGGAAGACUCACUCUGGGAAAAACACUGAGGGUCUGCGUCUCCCGCAGCGUCGCGUGUUAUGUGAAAGCAGCAACCGAACGCUGACCCUUCAAGGCGCCGGCCGCUUCUCCAACCACUGGUUCAUACUCUUCAACGAUGCGCUGGUUCACAUACAGCGCGCCGCUCCUCCUAAGAUCCUCUUCUCCACUUAUCGUGUCUACCCUGUGAACCUUUUGUGGGUCAAACCACUUCCUGAAAACAACAGCGGAUGCCAUGCCAUCAAAAUGUCAUGUCCAGAAGAGACCUUCAUCUUGGUGGCCUCAACAGCACAAGAGAAGAACAAGUGGCUGCAUUUUCUCAAUCAAGAGGUGGACCGGGUGCUGAGUGGUGGAGGUCAGGGUUCAUCGCCAGGAAUAACAGCAAUGUCCCGCACGGCCUCCUAUACAUUCACGGGAGAGGGACGGUUCAAGGACGCUCAGUAUUCCGGCAGCUGGUUGGCUGGACGAGUUCAUGGCAGAGGAACAAUGAGAUGGCCGGAUGGACGUACCUACACUGGGAACUUUACGAAUGGACUGGAGGAUGGCUUUGGGGAGUGUAUGAUUCCUGAUAAACUGCUAAAUAAAGCCGGCUGCUAUCAGGGACACUGGCGAGAUGGCAAGAUACACGGCUUUGGCGUUUACAGGUACGCCAACGGCGAGGUAUACGAGGGCUGCUUCAAUGACGGCCAGCGUCACGGCUACGGCAUGCUGCGCUCAGGCAAGAUGGACAAGACUUCUUCAGGCGUCUUCAUCGGCCAGUGGGUCUGUGACAAGAGGACUGGAUACGGCGUCUAUGAUGACAUCACCAGGGGCGAGAAGUACAUGGGAAUGUGGCUGGACGAUGAGAGGCACGGGAGCGCCGUGGUGGUGACGCAGUACGGCGUGUACUACGAAGGCAACUUCAGAGAAAACAAGAUGAGUGGUCCCGGUUUGCUGGUCUCAGACGACGACACGGCUUUUCAUGGGGAGUUUUCCGAAGAUUGGACGGCCAACGGGAAGGGUGUUUUGUUCCUUGCAAAUGGUGACACACUAGAAGGCCACUUUAGUGGGGAGUGGAGCGCAGGUUUGAAAGUGGACGGAGUUUACACCAAAUUAGCCGCUGAUGACAUUGAAGACAAGCACAGAAAGAAGUUUAUCAGGUUGGGCCAGUUUGUGGUGGCUGCAGAUGAGAGGUGGCUGUGUGUUUUUGACGAAUGCUGGAGGCGACUGGGCUGUGACACUGCCAGCAAUGGAGAGAGGACAACAGCCUGGGAGAACAUUGCCGUUUCCAUUUCAAGUGCACGUCGACACAGCCCGGACCUCAGCAGGUCUCAGAGCAAAAUCUUGGAGUGUUUGGAGUGUAUCCCUCACCACGUCGAUGCGGUCACCUCCACAAGUUACGACAACAUACGAAAAUACCUCACCAAGGCAUGUGAAACCCCGUUCCACCCUCUGGGCUGGCUGGUGGAGACGCUGGUGACCGUCUACAGGAUGACCUACCUGGGUGUGGAGUCAAACCACCGGCUGCUCAGGGAGGCUGUCAACGAGGUGCAAGCCUACGUCAAACACUUCUACUCCAUUGUCAGGUUCCUGUUUCCUGGCUUACCAGACGACGGCAGCGUCCUACCAGAUACUCCCAUUUCUCCCUGUAGAAUAAGAUACAGCUCAUAUUCAGAGGAGCCAAGCUUUGUCUCUGUAGUCAGUUGCUCCACUCUGCUCCUCCCACUGCUGCUCCCACAACUCUAUCAGCCUCUCUUCAUGCUGUACUGUCUCCAUGACGAACAGCAGGACGCGCAGUACUGGGAGCGCAUCAUCCGUCUCAACAAGCAGCCCGAUCAGUCCCUACUUAGCUUCCUGGGCGUUCAGCAAAAGUUCUGGCCAAAGUGGAUGUCUGUUCUUGGGGAGAAAAAAGAGAUCGUAUCCAGCAGUAAAGAUGUCAGCUUUGGCAGCGCUGUCGAAACACUCCAACAAAUCAGCACCACGUUCACUCCGUCUGAUAAACUCCAAGUCAUCCAGAAUACGUUUGAGGAGUUGACCCAGAAAAUCAAACCCACGCAGGACACCGACUUCCUGUGGUGCAUGGACGACCUGCUCCCGCUCUUCCUCUACAUUGUACUUAGGGCGAGAAUCAGAAACCUGGGAGCUGAAGUGAGUCUGAUAGAAGACUUGAUGGAUCCUAACCUUCAGCAUGGAGAGCUAGGACUGAUGUUCACCACCUUGAAGGCCUGCUACAUGCAGAUCCAGUUGGAGUCAACGAUAUAGCAGUGAGCAGGAUGGACUUGAUGAAGUUCAAGCUACCCGUUGAUCCUUCCAGUGCUACUAACAGCUAUGUUGCCACAUUUCUUACGGGACUUAAAUCGAACGUAAAUUUUUUUUUUUAAACGAUGAACUCAUUGUAGCUCGUUUGAACACAAGCACACAACUGGCUCAGGGAUUUCAAGUACAAGUGAACGAGAGAAAGACAACAAAAAAAACACGACUACUGACUAUUUGCCUUUUGUACAUGUUGGAGCAGUCAAUUGCAUUUUUUCUUUUUUUUUAAGCAUUUCACUGGUUGCAAAGUGGAUGGAAACUUCAACUCCACCCAUAAAUGUAUUGAAGAUGUUAGGAGGAAUUCUCGCAUAUCCAAAAUCACUACUUUUAAGAAAUCAAUAACAAUUAAAAACACUGUCUUGGUUUAGUUAAGCGAAAAUACCAGUAGGAUCAAUUAGUGAAGAAAUACAAAAUCGACCAUAGGAGAUUUUCAUCUGACAGGAAUGACGGACAGACAGGUGCAUCUCAAUAAAUUAUAGUAGUGGAGAAAAUUUCAUUUAUUUCAGUAGUUCAAUUCACAAAGUGAAACUUUUAUUGUAUAGAUUCAUUAAAAAAAUAAAAAAAUAAAAAAUGCUUUUGGGGGAGGAAUAAUCACAAAGCUAAGUGUUUGAAAAGGGAAAGCUCCCAUACUGUAUUAUCGUCUCUCAGGUUUUAAUUAACGAUGAUCGAACAUAUUUCAUGCAAUUUAGUUGCUUUUUUGUGUAGCCUUUGUCGCUAUCUUUUCAUGAACUACUACCACUGCGCUUAUGCAAUUGAACAGUCUAGCACUAGCACUUUUUCUUUCUCACUGUCAACGUGCAAUUCCAAGUAUUUGUCUUUAAUUAAGCGUCCUUUUGGGUGCAUCAAGUAUUUACCAAGUAUGUAUCACAUUUCAUUGUUGAAUGUAUAAGAUGAUUUGAAUACUGUACAUUGAAAUAAUCUCCUGUAUUGAAUAUCUUUUUGAUCUGGUUAGAUCUUCUCUACAUUUGUGUACUUGGAACACACGCAGUAUAGUCCAGGGACUAUGAUGUCAAUGUACUUGAAUGCACACGCAGCACACCUAUCACGCUCACACCC